AUGGAGCUCUUUUGGAAUUGGGCCACCGACCCUGACAACGAUGAAGAAAAAUGCGCCGAUAUCGACUGCAUAUUCUUGGCUGAUUUCUUCAAUCAGAAGGUUCUCGAUAAUCCAGUGGAUCUGCCAGGACUCGACAGUUCUCAUCAAAAGAUUCCCAUGCAAAGAGUCAUGGAGAUGAUGGGAAGUGAGGAAAGAACCCAGAACUUUGCCAUUCUCCAUAAAACCAUCAAUCUCGCCCAAGGCACAGACUCAGAUAUCCGGGACAAGUUCAAGGCGAUCAAUGUGGACGUGCGGCAAGAAAUUCAAAAUGCCCAAGAUCAAUACAAGACAACCAAUGGGAAGGAUAUUUCCUUGUUGGAUUGUUAUGAUGCUUGGAUGGACUAUCAGUUAAACUCAUUUGUUACCGAUGGCAAACAGUGGGUCAAGGAUGCUGUUAAAGAUUUGAAGAAAGAUUGGGAGCCAGAAGAAAGUGAAGACGAUGAUCCUUUGAGUCAUGAGUAUUACCGGGCAGUGGAGAUAGCUUUAGAUCUCUUGCAGGGUGAAGCGGAUGAUGCAAUUGAUAUGAGCAAUUUCAAUUUGGAUCUCGGCAACUCAGAUUCAAUGGAUACGUCUGAUGGUUGA